CGAAAUUUGAUAAGUUUAAAACCCCACUAAUCCAAUUUGACAAGGCAAUUACAAGAACAGUUUCAUCAGUGUACCUAUAUAAUUCACUCGCUUCGCUCGGCCUGCACAUACCCGGUGGAAAAAAUGGCCCAGUUGCAGACUUUAACAAAUUCGCAAAUCGAACCGAUACGGUUCACUUCCCGGGUGAAAUUAUCGACGUCGCUUCCCGGUGAACGCAUCAUUACCUUGGAGGAGGUGUCCUGGCACGAUAACAUUUCGGACUGUUGGAUUGUCAUUUAUGAUCGAGUGUAUGAUGUUACUGACUUUUUGAGAGAGCACCCGGGAGGCCACGAUGUCCUUUUGGACUAUGCAGGCCGAGAUGGCACGUGCGCGUUUCGUGGUUCUGGUCAUAGCAAAGCAGCGUGCGAAGCCCUAAAGGAAUACCUGAUCGGGGAAUUGCCCAUGACAGAGCGCCUAUUUAGAAAACCAGAUGGAUUGAAGUUGAUCGACAUUCCGAAGUAAAUCACAAUAAUAGACUCAGUAUUAAUGCUAUCGUACCAGUAUUGAACAUGUUAUAUUUAUUUCUUCAGCUCAAUCUGUAGCCAUUUCAUUCCAAUAAGUAUCCACUACCUAUCAUUAGUAUUUGUAGAUGUACUAUUACCUCGCAAAAUAGCAUGAACUGCUAUAAAAUUAAUAAAAAUAAGUCUUUUUUAA